GGGAAUAUUUCCGUGCUCUCGGUAAAGUGGAACAUUUAAAACAUCCGGAGCGUUUCGCGUUUAUUCUUUUAUAAACUCGGAGAGACUGGAUUUUGUCUGAUUUCUACCAUAAUGGAGACUAUACUGAAAGAACAACUGAUCUUUGCUGCACAGAAAACCUUAAGGAUAAGACAAAAGAAGAAUUUUUCUGCAUCACGUUGCUUGGAUCUCUUUGCUGAGAUCCUAGCUGUAGAUUCAGAAUUGAAGCCUGCUUUCCUGUUUGAUUACAGUCUAGCAAAAUCUGAACAGGUCCAGAACUACGUCCAGGAGAUACAGAAGAUUGGGCUUUUUUCUCAGGAUUUACAUAUCCUCAGCAUGGAAGAAAACGUACUGAUAAUAAACUUAAACAAAACCAUAAGACAUUUGGAAAGAACAUUGCAAGAAAAUAGGGUUCCAAUCAUCGAUGUUUCUGCACAUAGGUCCAGCCCAAGCCUAGCUGAGACAUGUGUUAGUAAACAAGUGAAGGCCCAGUUGGAUCUACUUUUGAAGCAUCUGAAAUCCCAAGUAGUUCAAAAGGGAAGAUGUGAAUUAGGUGUUGUUAGUGCAAGUAAAAUUUUCUCUUCAGAGUGGAAUCUAUGUACAAUGUUUGGAUUUCUCCUUGGGUUCCCAGCUGCAUACUGGUUUGAUUUUAGCACAUCUUUUGAGAAUUGUUUGAGCAUGACUGAGCUUCGGGUUUUCUCUGUCUCUGCUUUCUGUCACAGAAUCACUAAAAAGCUCAAGCAUCAAAUGUAUUCGUUCAGUAUUCCAGAAAUCCUUUACUUGGAGUUACAGAGCAUUAUAGCAUGUUGGAACAGAGAUCUUCAGUCAGACUUUAUCAAGCAGUCCAAUUUCUCUGAGCUCAAUAUUUCCACAGAGAUCACCUGCCAGCCUGCAAUUACACUUUAAAUAUUGUGCAAAUGGAAUAUUGUCAUUUGCUAAUUAAUUCUAAGAAGCCAAAUACUGAGAAUGCUGGAAAUAAUGAAAUAAGAACAGAAAAUGCUCAAGACAUUCAGCAAGAUAGACAGUAUCUAUGAAAUUGUGACAAAACAGCAUAAGACCUCUCUGGGAAUGCUGCCUGACUGUUUAGUAUUUACGUGUAAAAAAUGAGGUCUGCAGAUGCUGGAGAUCACA